CCGGGGCUCGGGUCUUCGCGAUCCAUCGACUGCGCCGAUCCGUACACGGAGGCUAUGUCUGUUCGAACGAUAUUAUUUGUUGUUGUUUUUUCACUUCACGUCACCGCCGUCGCAGCCACGAUUGACGUCACCUAUGCGCCAAAAGAGUUCACAAACUUCCGGACCGGGGAAAAGAGAACACUAACAGUGCAAGUGAGAGACAGCUCCACAUCACCUACACCGGAUGUUCGAAAUGUAUCAGUGAAAUGUGUGGAUACAUUCAUUUGCAAGAUACUUUCGUAUCCGGAUCGAGUCAUCCUAAUCAAGGAUGAAAACUACUCAGCAAGCUUCCGUAUAGAAGUCGAAGCUUUAUUUCUAGGCGUAACACAGCUCAACAUCACCGUUGGAAAUGAGCCAGUCGAGCCAUAUGUUCUACGCCUUCACCGAUCGAAUCGGGAUGAAAUAGUGACGUCCUACUUCACGAUAUUUAUUGCAAUCUUUGUGGUGAUCAUUUCGUUCAUGAUGGGCACUCAACUGGAACCGAAGCGAAUAAUGGGGAUCGUUCGCAAACCAGUCGGACCAACAGUUGGAUUCUUUUGCCAAUUUGGACUCAUGCCAACGCUUGGCUUCCUACUGGCCGAAUACGGCUUGCCAGCCGAUGACAUCGCCACCAAACUGGCUCUUUUCUCCGUGUCGACAUGUCCCGGUGGUGGAAAAAGCUCUUUUUGGACCAUCAUCUUCAGCGGGAACCUCGAUCUCUCCAUCUCGAUGACCUUCACACAAACACUUGCUGCUUUGGUAAUGAUGCCAUUGUGGAUGUCAACUGCUGGGAAACAUUUCACUGAUGCACAUGUGAAAAUCCCAUUUGGAAACAUAUUAUCGGGACUUGCAGGUCUCAUGGUACCCUCGGCCUGUGGUAUGGUCAUGGCUCACUAUAGGCCACAGUACAUUGAAGCCAUUAGCAAAUGGAUCAAGAGGUUAUCAUGGGCGGCUAUGAUCGUGAUCUCAUGUUUUGCCAUUUAUGCAAAUUACUACAUUUUCUGGUUGAUAACUUGGCCAAUAGUUCUGUGUGGAUGUACUUUACCAUGGCUAGGUUAUCUAACAGCUUUGAUCAUAGCAAUGCUGUUCAGACAGGAGUGGAAGGAUUGCAUCACCAUUGCUAUAGAAACAGGAAUUCAGAAUAUAGGUAUUGCAAUGCUGCUCGUCUUGUGGUGUUUGCCCGAGCCUGAGGCUAGCAUCGCAGUCACUAUCAUUUUUGUGGUAGCGAUUAUGACCGACAAGCCGUUGCUUCUGAUUUGGCUGUUGUCAAGGUUGUACAUGAGGUGCUGCAAAGGCGAUACAGUUGCGCAGAUAGAUGAUAACCCGAAGAAGAUUUCAUUGACGGACGCAAUUACCUCAGAAUCACUGAAGCAAAAACCGGUGGAAGGAGAUAAAGAGCUGAGAGGGAUUUCUGUAAAAGCUGAGAAGGAACGAUGAUUGUGAUCUCGAGUGCAUGCCUCUGUUGUUUGCAUUCAACGCAAAAACGUGUAGAUAACGGUUUCUUAUGAUGUUCUUUUGGCUUGAAUCUACAGUCGAUUCGGUCAAAUCUGGUAAAGUUGGAUCUUCAACGUUUACGGAAGUUUAGAGCCAAACUUUAUCUGCUGGAUUUUCGUGCCUUUGUUGUUCAGGAUUGCAUGAAUUGUAACAUCUCGAACGUUUGCAUUUGAUAAAGCCUCCAUUCUAUACCAUACUGUGUAAAUGCUUUGUGCCCAC